AAAGUAGCAAUGAAUGAUGAAUUUAGGAAUGUUGGUUGGUGCAUUUGAUCUUUCAAAACAUUACCGUAAGCCUUUAAUCAGCUAAGCCCAAAAGAGUAUUCAUUAAAGUAUCCCAACCUUGUUAAGAAAGUAAAGUACAAGAAAAGUCCGCCGAUUCGCAGGGGAAGUCCCGCAAGGAAAUCCCCAGAAGCGAUGGAAUAUUAUUAUUGUGAAACUCCAUGCACCCAUCUCGAAUAGAGUUGACCUUCUCGCUAGCUGAAGGAUUUGCGGCUGUUGAGCCCACGACAACCUACAGCUUGUACCAAGCGGACGAAGAAUUAAAACGCCAAAUGCUGAUGGAAUAGCUACAUACUGACAACAGUCCAGACAACUGUCAGUGCGAAGUUUCUACCUUGUGGAUAUAAUCUAGAAGUAUUUGCAAUGGAAAAUGUCGAGAAGGAAAACGAGGUGCUGAAAACCAAACUUCAGAGUUACAAUACGCUAAAUACGUUUUAUCACGAAACACGUCAGGAAAUCGCUUCGCUAAGUCAUCAGAUAUGCAAGAAGGACAAUAUUAUUGCAGAUCUUAAGGCAAGAUUGGGAAGAUAUGAGAAAACCGCCGUUCAUUUGGAAGGAGAGGAACCUCUUGUAUUCGGGCCUUCUAAGUCUUUGUUCGACAAUUUGUGCAAGGAAAUCGCCACAUAUAAACGGAAAUUAAGAGACGCGGAGGCACUCUCUGUCCAACAAUUGGAAAAGAGCAAACUAGAGAUCCAGCGGCUGCAGCAGCAGGUGAGGGAGAAGGACCAGGAGAUCCUGAGGAUCACGCACAGGCCCCAGCAUGAGAAGGACCUGGAGAUCCAGCAGCUGCAGCGCACAUUGGCGGAACGGGAUCGCACACAGGCCACCAGGGCGGUGCUGUGCAGCUCACUGGCGGAGGAGGCCGACCAGCUCAGGGCCCAGCUGGGAGCCACAGUUGGGGUGUGUCAGGAGCUGUUGAGGAGGCUGGAGAUGAAGAAGCAGGAGGACGGCUCAGACGAGGGCCGCACACCCUCACAGCAACCUGGUGAGUGUACAGUGUCUGCAAAAGCUGCUCAUCUUAACCCCAUUGUCUGCAAACUACAAGAGGAGAACAAAGUGCUGAAGCAAAGAGUGGCUUAUGUGGAAAGCCUUAAUGCCAAGUGGCAGAAGUAUGACUUGAGCAGGGAGGAUUAUGUGAAGGGCCUGUGCCAGAGGCUGAAGGAGGUAAAUGUGCCGGCGGAGCUGCGGCCCGCCAACGCCGGCAUGCUGCAGCAGGAGAUCCUGAGACUGAACCGGCAGCUGGAGGAGAAGAUGAGAGACUGCGCCAAGCUGGGGAGGGAGCUGGAGGAUGUCAGGAGGAAGGACAAAGAGCACAUCCAGAUGCUGGAGCAGCAGGUCCUCAUUUAUGUGGAUGACUUCAAGAGUGAGCGUUCUGACCGGGAGCGGGCCCAAAGCAAAAUUCAGGACCUCGAGGAAGAAGUGCUGCGCCUCAAACUACAGCUCCGAACACAGGACGCAAAAGAUGCCGCAGGACCGGUGUGCCGAGUUCACACCGGACGCAGGACCGGCGGUCACAUUCAGACCGACACCGCCGAGCCGCUGCAGAGGAACGCGGCGGAUCAGCCAGGGGCAAGCCGAGCAAGCGGCCCGUCCACACAGGGGCCUGUUCGGACUGAGCGCAAAGGCCCGACAGACUUACAGUGUCCCCGCUGUCUGACGUCUUACGGCGACGAUCAAACUGGCGAAUUCCUGAAGCACUGUACAGAGUGCGCCAACCUCUAAGAGAGGGUGACGGAGAUCACUGGAAAACUGCAGUGGGAGCUGCAAGCCCUGAAGUAAAGCACUACGUGUCAGAAAGGUCAACUGUGAAGAACACAAGGUCUGGAGCUGGCGGUUUACAUAACAACUUAUUUCAGGAGUAUCUUUUUAAAGCCACUAUUCAGCCAAAUUGAAAACCAUUUUCAUUGCACGUUUUGGUAUUCAAAUGCUACAGUUUUGUUCAAAGAAAGAGCCAGGUUAAAUCAAUCACUAUGCUGUAAAAGACAGUAUAUUGUGGAUUUAUCACGGACUUUGUCAUUUCUGCUAAUCCAUUGUUAAGGGUUACGCUUUCUGGGCUGUCCUGUUUGAUUAAGCAGACUCAGACAGAAAGUGGUCUAACCUUAAAUUCUUUUUACAAAUUCAAGCGUGUACCUAUUUAUAUCUGAACAUGCCGUUAAUUCAUUAUU